ACACAAAUAAUAAAUUAUCGACACGAACUCAGUUACUCUUCGACCAUCGACGUGUUCACGCUACUUUUUUAUUCGCGCGCGACGAUAAUUGAUCGACCUUGAUUUUUUUUUACUUUGUUUUGAUACUUUUCGUAUCUAAUCUGUGAAUAAAGUGAAUGAAUUUCGUGAUUUCGCGUCAAAAAUGCUCAAAUUAAGUCUCAGACCUGCAAAUUUGCUUCGAAAUUUCGCUUCUCAAGCAACUGCUUGUCCUCAUGCCGCAAAUUCCGCCGAUAUUGAAUGGAAAAAUGCAAAACCUUACAGCGAAAUUCCAUCUCCGGGCCUCGGAAUGUUGUUCAAGUUCAUGCCGGGAGGCGAACUUUACAAUACUUCAAUUUUGCACAUGAAUCAAUAUUUUCACAAAAAUUUCGGCAACAUCGCUCGAAUGCGAGGCAUGUUCGGAGCUCAGGAUGUCGUCAUGAUUUACGAUCCGCAAGACUUUGCCACAGUUUUUCGCAAAGAAGGUCAAUGGCCGCAACGAAAAGCGCUCGAAGGCAUGGAUUAUUACCGGGAAAAAUUGCGCCGCGAUGUUUACAAGAAAAACGGUUUGCUCGGAAAUGACGGUCCUCAAUGGCAAGAGUUUCGUUCAGUUGUGAAUCCGGUUUUAAUGCAACCAAAAACCGUCGAGUUGUACGUAAAUCGCAUCGAUGAGGUCACACGAGAGCUGGUUGAAAUUAUUCGAGAGGCUCGCGAUGAGAAAGAUGAGACUCCCGCUGAUUUCGGGCAUUAUAUGGAACGUUGGUCGUUGGAGUCGAUGGGAACAAUUGCCUUAGAUACGCGUCUCGGGGUGUUGGAAAAGUCAAAAAAUAACAAAGGAGACCGUUUGGCAUAUUUGAUGGAGUCGAUGUUUGAAUUGUCGUUUGAGUUGGAGGCGAAACCUUCGCUUUGGAGAAUCAUCAAGACACCAAAGUUUGCGAAAUUGAUGAGAAUGUUCGAUGAAGUCACGAACAUAACUUUAUCAUAUGUACAAGAAGCAAUCAAACGAAUUGAGAACGAAAAAGAGCCAAAACCUGUCGAACAACAAGGCGUUCUCGAAAAACUACUCAGAAUUGAUCGAGAUAUCGCCACUGUGAUGAGUAUGGAUAUGUUAGCUGUCGGAGUUGAUACCACUUCAUCGACUGCCAAGUCACUUUUGUACCUUUUAGCAACAAAUCCCGUACGUCAAGAAAAGCUCCGAAAGGAAAUUUUGUCAAUUCUCCCAACAAAAGACACUUUAUUAACUCCUGAAAAGAUGAGAUCCCUUCCCUACCUUCGUGCCUGCAUGAAAGAAGCUCAUCGCAUAUUGCCUGUGAUCGCGGGAACUGUUCGUGGCACGCAACAAGAUCUCGUUUUGCAAGGAUAUCAAAUCCCCAAAGGCACUUGGAUUGUCAUGGCAGGCGGCAUUCUCACCGAUAACGAAGAAAAUUUCAGUAAACCACGAGAAUUUAUCCCCGAGCGAUGGUUAAAAGACGAUUCUCACAAAGCUGAAGGUGUUAAACACGCAAAAGAAGCUCAUCCUUUUAUUUAUUUGCCUUUCGGAUUCGGUCCGAGGAUGUGUGUUGGGCGAAGAUUCGCUGAACUUGAGAUCGAAACUUUUAUUAUUCGAUUUUUGAGGGAGUUUGAAGUCAGUUGGAAGUAUCCCGAACCGAAAAUGAGAUCGACUUUUAUUAAUUCUCUCACGGGAGACCUGAAAUUUACGAUGAAAGAGUUGGAUUAUUAAAUUAUUUCACUUUUUUUAAUUCACUUUCAUGACUUUUGUACAAAUAAAAUUAUUUCUUAUUUUUA